AUGGUGGGAUGCUGGAUUUUAAAUGAGAGUCUCUCUGUCAUAUUAGUAUUUUCAUGGCUGGGAGUGAAUUUAUAUCUGUUUAUCGACACAUUCUGUUGGUAUGAAGAAGAGGAGUCUUUCCUUUACACACGAGUUAUUUUGGGUUCGGCACUGGCCUGGGCACGAGCCUCCGCAGUGUGCCUGAAUUUUAACUGCAUGCUAAUUCUAUUACCCAUCAGUCGAAACCUUAUUUCGUUCGUGAGAGGGACAAGUAUUUGCUGCAGAGGACCAUGGGCGAGGCAAUUAGAUAAAAACGUCCAAUUCCACAAACUGGUCGCUUAUUGUAUAGCCGUUAAUGCAACCAUCCACAUUGCGGCACAUUUCUUCAACCUGGAGCGCUACCACCAGAGCCAGUCUGCGGAGGCAGAGGGACUUCUUGCUACCCUUUCCAAACUUGGCAACACACCUAACGAGAGCUACCUCAACCCCAUCCGGACUUUCCACACAAACACAGCUGCUGAGUUGCUAACAACAAUAGCGGGUGUAACAGGGCUGGUGAUCUCUCUGGCUUUAAUUUUGAUCAUGACCUCUUCAACUGAGUUCAUCAGACAGGCCUCCUACGAGCUGUUCUGGUACACACACCAUGCUUCCGUCAUCUUCUUUUUCAGUCUGGCUAUCCAUGGGGCAGGUCGGAUUGUUCGAGGUCAAACUCCCGAAAGCCUGUUGCUGCACAACAUCACCUUCUGUAGGGACCGCUAUGCUGAGUGGCAGGCAGCUGCCCAGUGCCCCACACCUCAAUUUUCUGGCAAGGAACCUUCGGCUUGGAAAUGGGUUUUAGGCCCUGUGGUCUUGUAUUUGUGUGAAAGAAUAAUUAGGUUCUGGCGAUUCCAGCAAGAAGUUGUCAUUACCAAGGUCGUAAGCCAUCCAUCUGGGGUCCUAGAACUUCACAUGAAAAAGCGGAAUUUUAAAAUGGCUCCUGGACAGUAUAUCUUCCUGCAGUGCCCAUCCAUAUCCUCACUGGAAUGGCACCCCUUCACCCUCACCUCUGCCCCCGAGGAGGACUUCUUCAGUGUGCACAUCCGGGAAGCAGGAGACUGGACGAAAGCCUUAUUGAAGGCCUACGGAGCAGAGGGACAGACCCUCAGGGAGCCCUGGAGCCUGCCAAGGCUGGCGGUGGACGGGCCGUUCGGAGCCGCUCUCACCGAUGUAUUCCACUAUCCCGUGAGCGUGUGCAUUGCUGCGGGGAUUGGAGUCACCCCCUUCGCUGCUCUCCUGAAAUCCAUAUGGUACAAAUGCUGUGAGCCACAAGCCGAGCUGAAGCUGGGCAAGGUGUAUUUCUACUGGAUUUGCCGGGAUUCGAGGGCUUUUGAAUGGUUUGCUGAUCUCUUACUCUCGCUGGAAACACAAAUGACCGAGAAAGGGAAAACUCACUUUCUGAGUUAUCAUAUAUUUCUUACUGGCUGGGAUGAAAAUCAGGCUGUUCACAUAGCUUUACACUGGGAUGAAAAUACUGACGUGAUUACAGGCCUAAAGCAAAAAACCUUCUAUGGAAGACCGAACUGGAACAGCGAGUUCAGGCAGAUAGCCUACAAUCACCCCAGCAGCAACAUUGGCGUGUUCUUCUGUGGACCCAAAGCUCUCUCAAAGACCCUUCGAAAGAUGUGCCGCUUAUAUUCAUCAGCUGACCCUAGGGGUGUUCAUUUUUAUUACAACAAAGAAAGCUUCUAGACCUCAUAGGUAAAAUCCAUGCAUUGCCUAAGUGAAUGUAAUCAUUUAAGCCAGGGAUCAGGAAACUUUUUCCGUAAAAGGGCCAGAUCAUAAAUAUUUUCAACUUGCAGGCCAUGUGGUCACUAUCACAACUAUUCAGCUUUGCUGCUGCAGCACAAAAGCGGCUACAAACAAUAUAUGAACAAAUGGCAC